UGAACGCACAUGAGCGGAAGUAGUGCUUAUCUGACGUCAGCAAAACACUGCCUGCCAACACCAAGCAGAUUGGAGCUGCCGUAUUUAUUAUCAGCGAUCGGACUGGGUGUAAUUGUGUGAAUAAUAACUGCAGUAGUUUUUGCAAUUAUUCAAUGAUUUUGUUUAGUUUACGUUGGUAUUUAGCUGUCACAAACGAGUUGCUAAUGCUUUCGCAUUGAGGGUAGCUACGCGUUGUUUACCCACUGUGUCUACAGUGAGAACCUAGCUACGAUGGUAGAGCAGUCGGACCGCGCUCCGCUGCUCGACUGGGAAGAGCUUCCCCCAGCAGGACCGACCGCUGCAUUUCCGUCGCCAGAAAAAGAGAAUGCUUCCGAACCAAGCCCAGCAAACCCCCGUGCACUGGGAAGCACGGCUCCUGGGACGGGAUGGAGCACGAGUCCAGGAGGUGCUGCGAAUGUAGCAGCUGUUGUCAGUGGGGACACAAGUUUCACCGGUGCUGUUGUGCACACAGGGCCAGGAUGGGAUGCACAAAAUCCCAAGGGAGACCUUGCGUUUCCCGACUGGGAGGGAGUCUCUACGAAAGAUCACAGGGCGGCGGAAUGGGAGGAAAAGGACCAAAUUGUUGCUGUUUUCGUGGUGACCUUUGAUACAAGAUCGGGUAACAUGGUGGAGUGGUGUCUGCCUCAGGAUAUCAAUCUGGAUGGGGUGGAGUUCAAGUCCAUGGCCAGCGGCUCUCACAGGAUCACCAGCGACUUCAUAUAUUUCCGUAAAGGGUGCUACUUUGGGCUGGCGUGUUUCGCCAACAUGCCUGUGGAGAGUGAGCUGGAGAGAGGGGCACGCAUGAAGUCUGUGGGCAUCCUGUCCCCUUCCUACACCCUGCUGUAUCGGUACAUGCACUUCCUGGAGAACCAGGUCAGGCACCAGCUGCAGUGUCCAGGGCAAUACUCUCCCCUGGAGGCCUUCUAUGAGGACAAGAAGGCCCUGUUGCCCCCCGCAGGGAAUGGCCUGAUCACCACCUGCCCGACGAGUGCCUGGGGGGCCACGCUGAAUCGCUGCAUGCACCCCGAGAUGAAGAUCACCCAUCCGGCUGGCUGCAUGUCCCAGUUCAUCCGUUUUUUUGGGGAGCAGAUCAUGGUCCUCUGGAAGUUCGCCCUGCUGCGGAGACGUAUCCUCAUCUUCUCCCCUCCGCCCAUCGGAGUGGUCUGCUACAGGGUAUACUGCUGCUGUUGCCUAGCCAACGUGUCCCUGCCCGGGGUGGGCGUGGCAGUGCCCGAGUUCCGACCCUUCUUCUACAUCAACGUGGCUGACAUCACCACCCUGGAGACGGAACUGUCUUAUGUGGCCUGUACCACAGAGAAGAUCUUUGAGGAGAAAAAAGAGCUGUACGAUGUUUACGUGGAUAACCAGAACGUGAGGACACACAGAGAGAGCCUGCAGGCAAUGCUUCGCAUCAACAGUGCUGACCGGGAGAAGUACAGGAAACUCAGUGAGCAGAGGCAGAUGCUUCUCUACUCUCAGGAGGUGGAUGGAGACUGCACCUCCAGCGAAGAGGACCUCUUUAUCCUGUUUUUCAUGGAGCAGAACAACCGCAUCUUUCAGACUCUGUCUGAGGUGGCGGGGAGUGCGGACCCCACCCUGACCACGGACCACGUGAGGGCCAUGGGGCUGGACCCCCAGGGUGACCGCGGCUUCCUGGUGGACCUGCUGGAGCUGUACGGCAUCGAUGCCAUGCUGGUCAUCGACAAUCCCUGCUGCCCCUGAAGACACCUCCCCUGUUUUCUGCCCCUUUGGUCUGAACACACUGCCCCUUGCCACUGCCCCAGGGUCGGGAGAUUACUCCUCCUCCACCUCAUGCCUGUAUGGCAUCUGUCCUGCUGAACAGCCGUGAACCUGCCCUUUGACCCGCCUCUGGAAAUACUCUGGUUCCUUUGUGCUGUGUGGGUCCUGCAUUCUGUGUCCAAACAUUGUUAUCCAUGUAUUAUUCCUGUCUCAGUCAUGUUGGUUGGUUGGUCGGUCUGCCCGUCAAUCUUGUCCGUAGGUCCCUCCUUUCUCCCUCAGUGGCAGAAUGUACUUCCACCUGGGGCAUGACAUUAAGGAAGUGUUUUCAUUGGCUCUCUUCACCUUGCUUUAACUGAAACAUCCCGGAAUGAGGAAAAGCAAAGGAACAACAGAGGAAAUGUUUUUUUUUGUACUUUAAUGUGCCUCUUCCACCUGCUUUCUUCAGUAAGGACGGAAUACUGUCUCUAUCUCCAGUACUUUUUUCUGGAGAAUUGAUUUUGUAAACCAGUAAGCCUGUGGACUGAGUGGCAGGACACUUUCUGUAGAAUUGUUGGAAGAGGACUCCAGUCAUGGGUUCUCCAACAGUUGUGUUCAGUUUAAUCCUUUUCAGCAGGUACUCAUCUUCUAUGGGUCUGUAUUUCAUUGGGAGGAAAAGGGAAGGACAGAAUUUGUCAUUUGCGCUGUGACUGUCUGGCAUUUCAUUUUCCCUACAGUAUUUCGCUAAUUGUACUGCUGCUGUAUUUGGAGCCUUCGCUGAUGAAGCAAACAGAGUCAAUCAAUAACGUGUGCAUUACCAGCAAUAGCAGACCAUCCGUUAAUGUGAUCUCUUUCUUUUACCUCUUUUCAUUCAGUCAUAGAGAAAGAAUCUUUCAUUAAUUAUUUUUUUAGGAGCGUAGUAGAACUUUUCCAAUGAGUGUGGAUCAGUAGCGUAUCACACACUGUCCAGAUACCAGGACUGGCCACAAGUGGACAGCAAGGGUCCAGUUUAAAAUAAGCACAGAGAGAGUCGCCUUCAUAGAGAUGGCUUUGUUUGAAAAGACUGGAAUGCCGAGGUUCUCAGGUUUUGAGGGUGUCGCACGCAAUCCAUUUCAUAUCUGUUACUAGACUUGAACAAACGCAAGCUCUGCUGUCCUGCUCUGUGGAGGAGAGGCUCUAUAAGUGUCUGUUUUACUUGAGAAAUGGACACAUUUACAUGUAGAGUGAGCAUUGGGGUUUGCAAGGAAGGGAGGCUGCCUUUUUCCAGAAGUCUGGUUUCUGAUGAGGGAUCUGGAUCAGAACCAUGAAAGAGUCUGUGUGCGUGCAUGAGUGUGUGCGUGUGCACGUUUUAAUUGUAAAAAUAAAUAUUAAUGGUGGCAAACUGUAAGCCUAUGACAGCAUUCCAAGUGAGGGUGGUUGUUGAUGAAAUGAGACCUCUCUUGCUAUGCCUUUGCUUGUAAUAACCUUUCUCUUUUUUGAUAGUUGGAUAUUUAUUUAACAGAAAGAGGGAAAAUAAAUUCACAAAUGUAUGUAUUUAUCUAAAUGCUUACCUUCACGGAAGAAGGAAGUGAUAGCAAUGGUUGGAUUUAAUAUUAAAUAAUUUUGUUUUUACUUGAGGGAUAUACCCAAUGGCCUCUGUCUCAUUGUCUGUUGGUCUGUCAGUUAGGGAUAAUUAUUAACUGCUCAGUUGGUUUGAUUUUCUUCUUGUUGAUUUUUGGAAUAAUAACUCUCAAGUGUUUUUGCAGUACAGGUUCACUGCAUUGUAGAAAAUUUUAUUUCCUGUUUAUUUUUAUUAAUUACAAAAGGAACUGAUCUUAAUCUGUGGAUGUGAUUCCCUAUUACGGCCUACUUAAUGAUUGCUCCACCUCCACAAAUAAAUAUAGAACAUACUGUACUUUUAUUUAAAUUUCUGAGCUUGUGAAAAUACUGUUGUAUUGUAUUUCUAUUGCAAAUGGCCUAAUGCUCUGCCAGCAGAUGUGUUUAAACGAGCAGAUGGACUCAACUGGCACUCUCCACAAGGGGAAAGGAUGACCAUACAGUGUGCUGUGUGUUUAGCCAGGACUUCUCGUCCAGCAGCACAUUUUUAUUUUAUUUAAAUGAGCUGGACUGGUUUGUAAAUUGGACGUGAUAAAAAUGACAAAAACAGUUAUGCAGCUUGAUGUCAGAUAUAAGCCCAGUUUGUGUUUUCCCGCAUGCAAAAAAAAAAAA